AUGGCAAGAAAAUAUCGCCCGCUGCGGCCGAUACCUGAUAGCAGCCACUCCGGUUCAGGGUCAUCCUCUAGUCUUGCCGUCAACUCCAGUCUCAUCAACAAGCGCAAACGUGUCGGGGUGGCAGUUGCCUGUGAUGCUUGCCGCAGAAGGAAGAUUCGUCGGUCGGUCGAAUGCAUCUACGAACCGAAAACCCCUCACAAGGAAAGUGGUAGCUCUGAGAGCAAUACAGGUAGUGCCAGCCGCAGCAAUACAGGAAGCAAUUCGACUGGCAGUAGUGGAGACGGUCUCAUCGAGGCCGUUCAAUUGCUCAAUAAGAUUCCGCCUCAGGAUACUACCACUGUCUUGAGAUCACUAAAAGACAUUACGGAUGCUUCCUUUAUUCUUUCACACUUGCGAGGGCGAGUCACGGAGCUAGAAAGGCACCCACAAGCCGUGACGACGGAGUUGGACAGCCUCUCGCGCACAAUUGAUCUUGAGAAUCGAUACCCCUCGGCCUACCCGAUUUUAGACCCUCUCGACGUCUGCAUGCAGAGCAGUCUAUUCCAGCAGCUGGCCGAGUCAGGUUCAUACAAAUUCCCAUCCUGCUCUCUACCAAUCAGAAAAUGGACGAAUGUCCCAGUUUCGAACGAUCUUGCAUGUCGAAUCAUAUUAUUUUACCUGGAGACUGAGCAUCCAGCCCUGUGUCCUUUUGACCCUGAGCUCUUCAUUGACGAUCUUAUCACGGAGGGUCCCCAUUGCACAGCUCUCCUUGUAAAUGCUCUCAUGUACUGGGCCUGUCAGAUGUACAUCACGAUCGAUAGUGAGGUACGCGACUUAGUCGAUGCAUUUCGUACGGAGGCCGAAAGGCUGUGGCACAUUGACAAGAUGGCCCCGUCAGUUUUGACCAUGGCAUCGGCGCAGUUUCUGGGUUUCGGUCACUUGGUGCAAGGCAGGGAUCGUUCCUUCUUGGCAUAUCUUUCUGAAGCUACCCGGAUCGGAACACAACUCGGCCUUUUUGGCAAAACAUCAGAGGUCAAUCAGUCCCCAGCAAACAAAAUAGCACCUGGAGAGGUAAGAGCUACCGCAUAUUCGGCGUGGGGUACCUUCAAUUGGAUCAUGCUGCUGGGCUUAUUUUACCACCAACCUGGUGUGGAGUAUCCUGCUACGCCCCCAAACCUUCCGAUUCCUUGCAAAGCAAGAAGAAGCGACAACGCACACCGGUUGGAUACAACAAUUUCGGACUUGUCCGAAUACUGUGACGAGUCCUUUGUUUUGUUUUGCGAGUUAUGGAGAAAAAUGCACGAGGUGGCCAUUGUCUACUACAACGGAGAGGCAGGGGCCAUUUCCGGCCGCGUACCGGUUCAAUUUGCUGAGGAUACGUUUCAGGGCCUGAUGGAACUGAUGAACCGUUUACCGUUGGUGUUGACACGGAACGAGGACAAUCCGCACCAUGUGGUUAUUUUUCAUUUAUGGCUCCAUGCAGCUAUACUCGAUAUAUUUCGGCCCUUUUUGGAAGCAGUUCCGGAUGCGCAUCGACCAAAUCACCCUCGUCACUCAAGGACGAAUGCGGACACGAUAUAUGCAGCCUCGGUGGAGCAGCUCAAGAGGCUUAUCAUCAUCUACCGCUCCCAAUAUGUUUCUUCUGGACACACCAUUAUUUGGCAUACAGCUAUGUUGUAUGUAGCUAAUGCUGUACUCCGCAGUCGGGGUGAAGGUUGGCUUUCCUACUUCCUGCUCUGCCUGUAUGGAUAUCAGAGCCUGUGGACAUCGUACCCUAUAGUCAAGCCUAUCGCCAGAGGGCUGUUGUCGAUGGCAAUGCGCAGGGGCGGUAUAUCGAGUGAUAAAGCACGACAAAUCUUGGUCGAUCUAGGCAACAAUUGUCCGGAGGCAUUGCAUCAUGGCGAGAUCCGCGCUACUUUUAUGUUGGAUUUGGACUUGGCAAUGUCUGACCCAAACGCGGCCAAGGCAGAGGCGCAAGCCGAGGCAUUUGAGGAUACUGCCAUGGUUGUGGAUUACACGAAUGCCUUUUCCAGCCAGGAAGCCGUCGGAUGA